UUGUUGCAUUUCACAUAACAAAGACGAGUUUCAGCUUGCAGUGCCUUGCACACACAAAAACUGCCUUUCUCCAUCGGAGAUCAUUACGAGGGCAAAGUUGUGCUGGUUGCAGUGUUGUUGUAGCCGUUGUUUUUAUUGUUGUCCUUCUUGUUGGCGAUGUGGAUGAUGAUGAUGGGGAUGCUGCUGCUGCUGCUGCUGCUGCUGAUGAUGAUGAUGAUGAUUUUUCUGGCGAGAACAGCAAUGGUGAGAAAACGAUGACAGAGGAGACGAUGCAAUCGAUCAUCUACAAUCCCCAUUGCCACAGUGAUGAUUAUGACGCCCACCACGGCCGUGAUGAUCACAACCAUGGUGGUGAUGACCACAACCAUGAAGAUGCUGCGGCCAAGAUGAUGAUGAUGAUGAUGAUGAUGAUGAUGAUGAUGAUGAUGAUGAUGUGAUUAUGAUGAUGAGAUGAAGAUGAAGAUGACGAUGACAAUGACGAGGAUGGAAGGAUAAUGAUGACAAAGACUAUCGAGAAAAUGAUGCAAUGAACAUAACUGUCUCGA